GUACAGUAAAGCGAUAUCUUAUCGGGCGUAUGAAAAAUGUGACUGAAAUCAGGGAGAAAUCGCGCAACGUAAGUAUAUGGGAACGUAACAAAGUGUUGAAAUUGUAUGAAGCCGGAAAAACUGUUAAAUUCAUCGCUAAUCGUAUAGGCCGAGGCGCUGCUACUGUUUGGCGAAUAAUUUCUGGCACAUGGAGACCGAAAAGAUCUAAUUUGACCACUAUGGAGCUGAUCAAAGAGAAGCGCAUGCUGUUGGAGGUGGAAGCCAAUAGAAACAAAUUCCUGAAAAAGUUGCGGUCAGCAAGAUCAAAUUCAGCUUCUCACGGGAGUGAUGAGGACGGAAAUUCAGUGGCAAAUAGUUCGAGAUCAUCAGUGAGACUAACAAGCAGUCAGGAUGUUUCUGAAUUGGAAAAUGAGGACAAUCCUUCUUCGACAGGGUUAGCUGAACUGUUUCCUAGUGGCGAGUUGGGAAAGCUUCGAUCAACUAACGAUGCUAUUGCGUUUUUAUGCUCUAAAGAAGUUCGCUCUAAGUGCAAUACCUGGUGGCCGAAAUGCGAAGAUGAAAAGGACGACCCUGCAUCAAAGUGUUGGUUAGUUAAGCUAUCAGAUGCCAUCUUCGAAGACGACAGAAUUUAA